AUGGGUGAGCUGCCCAAGGCCCGCGUCCGCCCUCCCCUUUCGAUGGCAGCGCCCGCAAAGGACUCUACCGUAGUCCAGCACGUCGAGGUGCUCGUCGAGAAGCCCGCCUUGCUGGUCCUGUACGGCCCUGGCGAAGAGGCUAUCGUCACGUUGGUCGCCGACGUCCUCGGCCAGACGCACGCUCUCGUCGACGACCUGCAAGACGUGGACCCGCUGCCGCCUGCAACCGUUGCGGGGCUCCCCAACGCCAUCGACGCCAUCGCCCUCGCUCAGCGUCGCGCGUCCCGCCUCAUCAUCAACACGCAUUGCGUCGAGGGAGGCGCCGCCCCGGCCGAAAGCCUCUCCUUGGCUUGCGACUACGAAUAUUUGUAUACUCAUGGUGUUUAUCUGCGCCGCGACAUCACCCGUUAUCUAUCUUUUAUUCUUGGUCAGAUUGUUCCCCACGUCGACCUCGCCAAGAAGACUAGAACUACCCUCAUCUCUACCACCUUUCCCGACGUCCAUGCCGCUCUUCCAAACCUUGAUAUUCUCUCCGUCGGCGCCGACGCCGUGGAGCUGAGGGUCGACCUGCUCAAGGAACCGCUGCCCGACGGGACUUUCAGCGCGAUUCCGAGCCUUCGUUAUGUGGGCGAGCAGCUGAUGAUCCUCCGGCAACGGACCGAGUUGCCCAUCAUCUACACGACCAGGUGUACAAAGGAAAAUGGGCGCUUUCCCAUGGAAGAUUCUUCGCUCUUCUACAAGUAUCUCUUCAGAGCAAUUCAAUGGGGCUGCGAGUAUAUCGAUGUUGAGCUGUGGCUACCCGAGAAUAUUCGGCGCGAGCUGGCCCUCAAAAAAGGCAACAGCAAGAUCAUCUCCGCCUUUCACGAUUUCUCGGGGAACUUCAAAUGGACCUCGCCGGAAGCAAAGGAGCUGUUUGGAAAAGGGGCAGUGUAUGGCGAUGUGGUCAAGAUGAUUGCCCUUGUCAACUCCAUGCAGGACAAUUACGAAUUGGAGUACUUUCGGUCGACUAUACAAGCGCAAUAUCCGCAUCCGCCAUUCUCCGGUUUGAACAUGGGGCCCAUGGGACAGCUUUCAAGGGCCCUCAAUAAAGUCUUCACCCCUAUCACGCAUCCGCUGCUACCGAUGAUAGCUGCGCCAGGCCAACUGAGCGCAGCCGAAAUCAACACUGCCCUACACAGCAUGGGCCAGAUGCCCAAGCAGGACAUUUACAGCAUCGGCAGCGUGCGCCUGGCGAAUCAGGCCAUGUUCCUGGAGAAGUGUUUCAACGAGCUCAGCCUCCCGCAUCAGUUCACCUUUGUGGACAAAGCGGCCAGGGGCUGUGUGGAGACGGUCGUCAGGCGAGCCGGCUUUGGUGGUGCGUACAUGCAUCCCCCGCUCGCGGCACCGACGCCGUAUUUGCCGGUGCUCUCGGAUGCCGCCCGAGCGAUUCGGCUCGUCGACACGAUCCUGGUGAGGUCGGAGGCUGGCAGUCCGGUUUUGGUGGGCGACAACGCGACGUGGAAGGGCAUCCGUGCGACGCUCACACGAGAUUUCGUCCCGUCAGCCUACAGCGACCGUGCAGCGCUGGUCUUGGCCAGUGCAGAGUCGGAUGCGGCGGCGGCGAUCUUCGCGCUCAAGAGCCUGGGCAUUGGGCCGAUCUACACGAUAGGCUUCCAUGUCCGCUCGCAAGGGUUGCUGGCAGCCGGGGUGGAGCCGUUUAGGUCGGUCGAGGAUGUCAAGAAGCUGGAGCAGCCAUUCGUCAUUGUUUCAGCGCUGCCUGCGGAGAAGUCGCUGCUGGUCGGGCCGCUUCUUAAGCACUACAGCAGCGGGGCCGAGGGGAGAGUGUUUCUGGAUCUCGCCAACGGGCCGCGAAAGGUGGAUCCGCUGGCCCUGGCGGCGGCGGCGGGCUGGCGCGCGUACGGGGUGGGCGACGUCAGCGCGUGGACGACGGUCGAGACGUUGAGGUUGUUGGUAGGGCAGAAUGUGCCGUAUGAUUUUGUGCGGUUGGCAUCUGGGAGGAUGUAG